AUGAGUAUGAUGCAAUCGAAUGUCCUGACAUUGAGGACCGUCAAGAAAGGUGGUAACAAUGUGCUCACAAUUGAAAGUGAUAGUCUCAACCAGAGGACAACUCCCAAAUCAAAUGACUCAAGAACUCAAAGACAUCAAAGCGUUUCAGCUCCAGAAAGCAGCAAGAUCUAUAUCGAUGAACCCAUUCAGCUAACUUCCGGAUUUCAUGAUACAAGAAUAUCAAGCGCUCUCGUCAGUGUUGAUUUACAUGCUUUACCAGGUGCUAAGGAAGGUGAUGUUGCAGAGCUUCAAGCUUUAGAUGGAACGAGGAAAAAGCUAUUAUUCAUUGUGAAAAAAAUGAAUGACGAGCUACUGAGGAGAUCUAAAAAUGUUCAUGUCUCUUUGCUAUCAGGAACACUGCAAAGUCUUUUGGAUAUCUCUUCAAGAAGCCCAGUGAUAGUAAGGUUGAAAGAUAAAGCCGAAGUGGAGAUUGAUUUAGUUGAGAUCCAUAUCAGAGAUAUUUGCUUGACAAGAGGUGACAUGUGGGAAAUAUCAUCUUUGUUGAAUAAUACCUGUGUUUAUAAAAACCAGAGGUUGACUUUUGUUGAAAGUAUACGAUGCAAUGUUAGUGCCAUUUUCAAAAAUGGUAAAAAAGUGUUUUCAGGUUACAUUGGAGAGAAUACCAAAGUUGUCUUUAGAUCAGAGUCUGCAAAAUUGGUGUUUUUGAUCCAAAUUACAGAGGAAAUGUAUCAUUUUGAGGAAGAUGGGGAAAUAAUGUUCCAUAAAGUUGUCAAUUCUUUGUUCCCCAAGAUCUUUAAGAAAUGGAGAGAUGAAGGGACGCACCAUUUGGUAACAAUUGUCUUUGCUGCUAAUGUGGAUUUAUCUGAUGAAUCUUGGAUAGAUCUUAAAGAGGGUGAAAGACCCACAAAUACUCGUGACUAUUAUAGAGUUGUUGUGGAUCAGGUUAAUAUAGUUCAUUGGAAUGAGAUAAUGAUCUCUUUGAGAUAUGAGUUUGCCAACUUUAGAAAAUACAUUUUAGAAAACCAAUUGAAAGAUGGUGCAAACACAAGCAGCAGGUUUCUACCAACCAUCAAAUCGGACAUUUUAAAUACUAUUAACUUAGCCACCACUCUGGUUAUUGAUAGAUUUAGAGACCCUGAUCUAAGGCACACAACCACACAUUUCAUUAUAAUAAGUCCAGGGAAUGGAUUAUAUGAUGUUAAAUAUGAUGACUUGUUGGAAACUGGUAAAAGAUUGCUCAAUACUGAAAUUUCUGUUGAUAUUAUCUGUUUAUCUCAACCUGCUUUACACGUGACACCAUUAUUUAGAUACAGAGAUGAUAAUGGUUCUUUACACCAUUGUGUCCCAGGCUGGAUAGAUAUAUCAUUUUGGAAUGAGAAAUCUCAUAGAACAACUCAAUGGCUACCAAGGUGUAAAAUAUAUGAGCUACAAAUGAUGGGUGUCAUGGAAAAUGAAAUGAGUGCUGUUACUGUGGAACAUCUAAGACCCGCUGUGAGCUCGGAUGCAAAUUCAGUAGUAGAGGUGAUGGAUCAAUAUGACAAGGACAUUUUCAGUGCAAAUAUUGUACAAAUGCCAGUGAUAUCCCGUGGCAGUUCACUAAGAACAUUGCAACCAAAAAAGAAACAAUCAAGUUCUGCGCUGCUGUGGACAGUGUCAAAUUCCCCAGCAACCAAAGCCCAACCAGUUACAACAGCAGCUCCAACAUUUAGUGUUUCAAGAAGUGCAAUAAGCUCUUUGCAAAAGAUCACUAAUCCUAUUAUGGAACAUAAACUGGAAUCCAAGAAGUCUGAUGUUUCUUCAAUAUUCUCAAGAUCUUCAUCUACCCCAAAGGAGAUACCACAGAGACCCACAUCUGCCCAGUCAUUACAUAUGAAAUUACCAUUUAAUCAAUCAUCCAAACGGAAAGCUCAGUUGUCAAGCUCUCCAAAUUCCACAAAUUCUCAUACAGAGAAAUUGACUUCAUUAGACACUUUGAAGACUGUCAUGUGGACAGAAGUUGAUAAUCCAUCACAAGUAAUGGGUAUUCAAAGUUUAAAGAACCUCAGUGUUGGCAAAUGGCAAGAUGUUUUCCCAAAGAAUGUCAGAAGAAGGGCAAUAAAAUGGAGAUCUUUAGUUUCACCUUCGGAAUUACCAAUCACAACACCUUUAUUUCCAACAGUGUCUGAUUUUGAGUCAAACUUUACUUUCCAAACUCACACCAUCUCACUGAGUGCUGAUAAUGAAAAGUACAUGAAUGCAAGUGAUUUAAUGAGAGAUAUGAUUCAUUUGAGAUUAAUGUUAGGGUUCCAAAUCUGCCACGGUCCAAAUGUUGUCAAAGUGGAGAAUAAAAGGCAAUCAGAAGGUAAUGCAUCAUUGUUGAUGAAGUAUUUACCAAACUCUAGUUUUUCUGGUAUGAGAAUUUAUUUAUCUCUGGAUGAGGAAAUUCACAGAAUUUCAUGUGAUUAUGACGGUUCAAUCAAUGUUCAAAGAUAUCAUAGAACUCAUAAUGAAAACAUGUUUCGUGAUAUUGCCAAUUGUGUUUUGAUUAAGACUAGAUACCAGCUAAAUUAUGAACGUUAUGAACCUGAUCCUCAUGUUGUUCAACCAAGAACCUUCAAUUGGAAUCAAUACGACCAAUUGUUAGCUGGUUAUGAUGAUGUCAUGGUGAAAGAUAAUAGGACUUUGAAUAGAGUCAAGUUUGUUUUGCUACCAUCUGAAAUUCCCAAAGGUACUUAUUUAACUGCUCAAAGUGAUAAGCAAGAACAACUUAAUGAGGAAGAAACUAGAGUUGAAGGCUUGCGUAAAUUAAUUUCAACACUACAUCGUGGUACAUUUUUACCUGAUAACACUACAAGAAGAUCCAAAUCUAAAAAAGAGGAAAUCUUCCCAGAAAUUAGUUUUUACACAGGUAAUUUGGUUUCAUUUUUGAAAGACCAAAAUGUAAUGGUUGAUAAUUCUUCUAUCAAAGCGGAACCAAACAGCUCUGAAUUGUUGAAUAAAGAUUUGGCAAUUGGUGAUUUAGCACAAAGGCUUCAAGGAACUAAUGGGAUCAAGCUUAUUGAUAGAAGAUGGCACUGGAAAGUUCACUCAAAUUGUUUCUUAGGUUUAGAGUUGGCUAGUUGGUUGAUUGAAAAUUUUCAAGAUAUUAAUACAAGAGAAGAAGCCGUACAGUUUGGUAAUUACUUGAUGGACCAAGGCUUAUUUAUUCAUGUGGAAAGUCGUCAUAGAUUCUUGGAUGGCCAUUAUUUUUACCAGAUAUCUUCACAAUAUAUAGUGGAUCCAAAUGCUCCAAGCUCUAGUGAAAUUUUAAGGGGUCGCUCAAGAGGUGGCUCAGUUGGAAGUAAAAAUUCCAAAUUUUCAAUGACUCCUGUUAUUGCUCCACAAAGCAGUACAACUGAAGAUUCGUCAUCAUUGAAAAAGACUAAAUCAGAAUCUUCAGAGAUGCAAAGGAUAUUAUCUCAACCAGGACAGAAAACAACUUAUGUCUUGAGUAAAUCUUUAAAAUUUGAUAUUGAUCCAAAUAGAAAUUCAUACAAGAGAGAAAUUGUGACUGUUCACUAUGAUACAGUUCAUAAUCCAAAUCAUUGUUUCCACGUUAGAUUAGAAUGGCUAACUGCAACACCUAAAUUGGUUGAUGAUGUUAUUAAUGGGUGGUCGAGAAUGUGCGAUAGAUAUGGUUUGAAAUUAGUUGAAACACCAUGGAACGAAUUAUGUGAGAUACCAAGAUUGAGCCCAUUCCAUUCAUUUGUUGAUAUUAAACUAGCUAUUAAUCCAUGGGAGAAAAAUGAAUUUUAUGAUCAAGAGAUUAUAGAAAAGCACAGGUUUUUCUAUCAUAUCUAUUUGUUGGAGUUUUCAGGAUUUUUGUUGGAUAAUAGAGCCUCAUUAUUCUUUCAAAAUGAAGAUGAUUUGGAAGUUUUGUAUUCAUGGGGUAAACCAAGUUUCAAGUAUGCUCAAUAUAUUCAUAGAACUGGUGCUUACAUAGCAGAGAUUAGAGAUACAGGGGAUUUAUUUUUAGCACCAAACAACUCGCAUAUUUCAAGAGUUAACGUUGGUAAUAUUAGCUCACAACAACAAACUCCAAGUUUUGUUUUAGAUUCACAGAAAAUUAUGUUGGAAUUUAGAGCAACAUGUCUCGAUGCAAAGAAGUUGAGAGAAAUAUUUUUGAGUGCCAAAAAGAAAUGGGAUAAUAGAGAUAGAGCUGAUAGUUCCAUAUUAAGUCCAAUUACUGAUGAAUUAACUUUGUGA